GUUUUUUAUAAACCAGUACGAGUACGGUAAAUAAUUUUGUGUUGAGGUUUCUCAAUUUUCGGUGCACAUAUAUUUGAAUAGAGGGAUUUUUGUAUUAGUUUUCAGUUUGACAAUAUAAAGAUGAUUGCGGAAAAAACUAAAUUUUAUUAACAUCCCAGAUAUUUCUUCCGAUAAAUACAACUCUAGUGAAGCAGUUCUGUCAUAAUUUCUUUGUAGGCUCUUAAUACCUUUUUUAGGCGUAUUCAAUGACUACAAUGACUGAAGCUGUUUAUGAAAGCAGUGCUGUCCCUUAUGCUUCAACGUUUCAGUAUGCCGAAUACAAUUUUAAAAACUCUGCUUUAGAAUUAGCCAGAGCUCAGUGGCCAAACUAUGAUGAUCAACAUUAUCUUAGGGGUUGCAAGUGGUCCCCAGACGGUACUUGUUUACUCACAAUAGUUAGAGGAGCCGGUAUGCAUGUUAUGGAGUUGCCCAAUGAUUUAUAUACGGGAGAAACAGUUGGUAGUUGUAGGCCUAUUGUUCCUUUAAUUCCAGCAGUGAGUGUUCCUGAAGCAGGUCUCAUAUAUGAUUAUUGUUGGUAUCCUGGUAUGAAUAGUAGUAACCCAGCUACAUGUUGUUGGUUAUCUAGUGGUCAUAGUGGGCCAAUACAUCUGUGGGAUGCAUUUUCUGGAGAUCUAAGAUGUACAUAUAGAGGUUACAACAAUCAAGAUGAGGUAGAACCAGCCAUUAGUGUCACAUUUUCCGCAGAUGGGCAGAAUAUAUUUUGCGGAUAUAAGAAAAAUGUUAAAAUUUUUGCCACAGGUAGACCUGGUAGGGAUUUCGUCGAAUAUCCAGUAUCACACCAAGUUUCUUGUCUAGUAGCAAGUCCAGCACAACCUGGAAUAGUAGCCAUAGGUACAUGGAAAAAUACAAUUGACUUGGUAUCUCAAAGCGAUGGUUCAUUCCGCCAUCUUUGCAAAUUAAAUGGCCACAAAGGAGGUAUCACCACAAUGGCUUUCUCCUUAGAUGGUUUUCGUUUGUACAGUGGAGCUCGAAAGGACAAAGAAGUAAUUUGCUGGGAUCUACGUGUACCCGGUAGACCUAUGUUCUGCUUAGCACGAGAAGUUAAUACCAAUCAGAAGAUCAAUAUUGACUUGAGCGUUGAUGGUAAAUGGUUGGUAUCUGGCGGGACAGAUGGUAAGGUCCAAGUGUGGAAUGUCAGUGAGGAAACAUAUCCUACAGUUCAUAUGCAAAUGGCAUUGCACAAUGACUGUUGUAAUGGAGUGAGUCUUCAUCCAUAUCGACCAAUUUUGGCUACAGCUUCCGGACAACAUCAUUCUUUGGAUCCGCUGCAUCACAGCAGAAGCACUUCACAGUACGAGAAUGCGCUGUGCAUGUGGUGGAUUGGUACCCAGCAGGAUGAUGCUGAUUUGUUUACUGCCAUUAUUAAAGCUGCGACACAUUCUUAGAAUAUCUUAGUUUUGUUAACAUUUGUAUUUAAUUUAUAAAUAUAUUCCUGUAUUUUUA